AUGCGGGCCAAUGGCAACCUUCGUGCGCACAAUAUACACAACCUUGGCCGCCCUCAACCCACGCUACCAUGCCUAGUGACGGGCUGUAUCCGCCGUUUUUACAACAGGUCAGGGCGCACCACUCAUAUGCAAUCCCAGCAUCCACUGGCAUCUGAAGAACCCGACGUCCCGUCAUCACACCAUUCCUCCUCCGAGUCGAGUUCACGACGUUCCCAGUCAUCCCGACCUGGCACCGGACAUGCUGCAACAAGCUCAGCACGCAUGCAUUCACGCAGCCCAACUCAGACUAGCGCAGGUGACGAACAACUUGAAGCACCUGGGAGUCGCGACGAUCAAAUGGAGUUUGACUUGCCAGAGUCAAAUGGACGUGGAACAUAUCAUCCUAAUAUCAAUGGGAGAAUUUGCGACGAACACGGAGAUGACAUACCACCGAAUACUCCGCCACCUCCGCGUCCAUCAAAUCGUGGACCAGACAACUGGACACCAUAUGCUAAUCGAGUCGAAUUCGAAGUCGCAGACUUCCUCUACCGUCGCAACCAGAUGUCGGGGGGCGAUAUUGACUUUAUAUUCAACCUGUGGGCCGCCUCAUUAGCGGCUCAUGGCGAAACACCGCCCUUCACAAACCACGUUGAGAUGUACAACGUCAUUGAUUCGACGCCUCUAGGUGACGUCGCCUGGCAGAGUUUUAGCUCUGAAUAUAAUGGUGCUCUACCUGAAGGUGACAUUCCGACAUGGAUGACAUCCGAGUAUGAUGUGUGGUUCCGAGAUCCUCGGAUCCUCGUGCACAACAUUCUCUCCAACCCAGACUUCGAAGGCGAAUUCGACUACGCUCCGCUACAGGAGUAUGAUACCAGCAAUGGAGCACAUCGCUUUCAGGACUUUAUGUCCGCCAUUUUUCAUCCUUUUUCCAAUUUUCUCAUCUCUCACAAUUCACAGGAUUUGAUUGCCGAGGAUCCCAAUACAAUUGGAUCUAUGUUCGUUCCAAUAAUCCUUGGCAGCGACAAGACUACUGUCUCCGUCGCUACUGGACACAACCAGUACUGGCCGGUUUAUAUGUCGAUCGGCAACAUCCGCAACAACGAGUCCGCCAAAGACGCACACUUUCGAAAAUUCCGCCGUCAGCUUCUCCACUCAUCGCUGGCGAAGAUGCUGGAAUCCCUCAAACCAGGUAUGACAACAGACGAGGUUGUACACUCCCCCGAUGGUCAUUUUCGACGUGCGGUGUAUGGCCUUGGACCAUAUAUUGCCGAUUAUCCCGAGCAAGCAUUGCUCGCUUGCAUCGUUCAAAACUGGUGCCCAAAAUGUACUGCUCCGGCUGAUGGUCUUGACAAUGGUACCUAUGGUCGGCGUUCCCGCAACCAUACCGAAGUCUUGGUGGAGGAAUUCGAGUUAGGUGUGCUAUGGGACGAAUAUGGACUUGUAGGAGACAUCGUGCCAUUCACUAACUAUUUCCCGCGAGCCGACAUUCACGAACUCCUCUCCCCCGACAUUUUACAUCAGCUGAUAAAGGGUGCGUUCAAGGACCAUAUCGUCACCUGGGUCCACAAAUACAUUAAGGCUCGGUACUCGGAAAACGAGGCGAAUAUAAUAUUAGAUGAUAUUGAUCACCAUAUUGCUCUUGCUCCCUCAUUUGCGGGCCUUCGACGAUUCCCGGAGGGAAGGGGCUUCAAACAGUGGACGGGAGAUGAUUCCAAAGCACUGAUGAAGGUGUAUAUACCCGCGAUUGAAGGCCACGUACCUCCGGAGAUGGUGCUGACUUUGCAAGCAUUAAUUGAUUUUGUGUACAUCACGCGGCGCAAUAUCAUCGACUCCAACAGCCUCAAUGCGUUGGAUGAUGCACUCGAGCGUUUCCACAGGCACCGCGAAAUAUUUGAAACAUCCGGUGUUCGCCCUAAUGGAUUCAACCUCCCUCGACAACACUCGCUUAUCCACUACCACAAAAUGAUCCGAUCGUUUGGCGCACCAAACGGACUCUGUUCUUCCAUCACAGAAUCUAAACAUAUCAAGGCUGUCAAGGAGCCGUGGCGACGGUCCAGUCGGUUCGAAGCCCUCAAUCAGAUGUUACUGACAAAUCAACGUCUAGAUAAGUUAGCGGUGUCUCGUGUUGACUUUGCUAGCCGUGGGAUGCUAACAGGAACAUGUCUAUCAUAUAUCCUUGAUAAACUCGGGCUAAACGCUCCAGUGCACAAUGCAGAAGCCAUUCAAGUCCGGCUCGAGGACGAGCCGAUUGACAUUCCCCAUCUCGGACGCAACAAUCACGUGAAUGCCAACUUGGAGGCUGAUGCAGACCAAGAUGCUGAGCUCGAGGGUGACGCUGUUGCUGGACCGACGGUGAUAGCUCAUGUAGACUUGGCGAAGAAAUCUGCAAAACGGAUCUACGCAGACCUACUCGCAGAUCAAAUUGGUGAACCGGAACUCACCACUCACAUUCAGCGAUUUUUACAUGACCAGCUCCAUUGUUCUGACUCCAACUCAGAAGCCUCCGAGUCUGGCGCUGGCUCGUCCAGUGCCCUUCCCGAACUACAUGAAAAAAUAACUCUGUAUACAUCUGCCAUUGCCACCUUCUUCGCUCCCAGUGAUGUCUCAGGCAUCGGCGGUAUGCGCUACGAGCGAAUUCGUGCUGUGGAUACCUGGAGGAACGGCCCUGGUCGAUAUGACUGUGUUUUCAUUAGUACUGAUCCCACUGUCGAGGUAAGGCUUUUCUUUUCAUUUAAACACAAUGGUGUACAUUACCCUUGUGCAUUUGUGCAUUGGUUCAAACACGUGCACGACUCACCAGAUGAGAACACAGGAAUGUGGGUAGUAGAGCCUGAAACCCGCGAGGAUGGGACACGAUUUGCCUCCGUCAUUCACCUUGACUGCAUUUUUCGUGCGGCACACCUUAUGCCUGUAUUUGGGCAUGAAUUUGUACCUACUUAUCUCUCUUACACACAGACCCUUGAUGCUUUCCGCACUUACUAUGUAAAUAAAUACAUUGACCAUCAGGCAUUUGAGAUUGCCUGGUGA